AUGCCACGGACCUGCACCUUGAACCGCGACACCAACGAGACCAAGAUCCAAGUCUCCCUCAACCUCGACGGCGGCGAUCUCCUCGCCUACGAACACUCCGACUUCUGGGCUGCCCUCGACAAGCAAAACCUCAACGGCGAGGGCGAGAAGAUCGACAAAGACCAUGCCACGCAAAAGUCAAACAGCCAGGAAAUCUCCGUCGACACGGGCAUCGGCUUCCUCGACCACAUGAUCCACGCCCUCGCCAAACACGCAGGCUGGAGUCUACGAAUCAGAUGUAAAGGCGAUCUCCACAUUGACGACCACCACACAAGUGAAGAUGCGUGCCUCGCACUCGGAACGGCCUUCAAGAACGCGCUGCAGGGCUCGACUGGCCUGGCGAGAUUCGGACACGCAUACGCGCCCCUCGACGAGGCCUUGUCCCGGGCCGUCAUCGACUUGUCCAACCGACCGUACAGCGUCAUCGAUUUGGGACUCAAGAGGGAGAAGAUUGGAGACUUGAGUUGCGAGAUGAUUCCGCAUUGUUUACAGAGCUUUGCCCAGGCGAGCGGGACGACACUGCAUGUCGACUGUUUGAGGGGAGACAAUGAUCAUCAUAGGGCGGAGAGUGCGUUCAAGGCGCUUGCGGUGGCGAUAAGACAUGCUACUACUGUGGUCAAGCAAUGGGAGGGUGAGGUUCGGAGUACAAAGGGUGUGCUAUAUUAG